GUGCUUUUGAUUUUAGUAAAAUUGUAGAAGAUGACAUGUUUUAGAGAUAAAGAAAAACCAGAAGAAGUUAGACAGACGAAUAUUGAGGCAGCUAAAGCUGUUGCUGAUGCUGUCAGAACUUCAUUGGGACCUCGAGGUUUGGAUAAAAUGAUCACCGCGCCUGACGGCAACGUGACCAUAUCUAACGAUGGAGCUACUAUCCUAGACAAAAUGUCAGUCCUUCAUCCAGCUGCUAAAAUGCUCGUCGAGCUGUCGCACGCUCAGGACGUCGAGGCGGGUGACGGCACCACCUCCGUCGUUGUUUUAGCAGGAAGUUUACUUUCUGCCGCUCAACGCCUUCUUCGUUUAGGAAUCCACUCGACUAUUAUCUCUGAGUCCUUUCAAAAUGCAGCUGCUGCUGCUGUUAACGUGCUGAAGAACAUGUCUAUCAACGUUGAUUUGAACGACCGAGCAACUUUGAUAAAAAGUGCGAUAACCUCCUUAAGCUCUAAGGUUGUGGCGCAGUAUUCCAAUCUUUUUGCACCGAUCGCGGUUGAGGCAGUCUUAAGGGCCAAGUCAUCUCUUAAUGUGGACUUAAAAAAUAUUAGAAUUGUUAAAAAAGUUGGCGGAACCGUUGAGGAUACUGAGCUUGUUAAUGGUCUCGUGUUGAACCAAGGCGUACGCCAUUUAGGCUCGAUUCCGACCAAAGUGGAAAAGGCAAAGGUCGGGCUCAUUCAGUUUUGUUUAUCGGCCCCUAAAACGGAUAUUGACAAUCAAGUUCUGGUCUCCGAUUACGCCGCUAUGGAUCGUGUGUUCCAAGAAGAGAGGUUGUACAUCCUCAACUUGUGCAAGCAAAUUAAAAAGUCAGGCUGCAAUGUUUUACUCGUUCAGAAGUCUAUUUUGAGAGACGCCGUGAAUGACUUGUCGCUGCAUAUACUUUCUAAGAUGAAGGUUAUGGUCAUCACGGAUAUUGAAAGAGAUGAAGUUGAAUUUAUAUGCAAAACACUCGGCUGCAAACCAGUUGCAAAUCCGUCUUCUUUUACUUCCGAUAAACUCGGUUCGGCGGAGCUUGUUGAAGAAAUUGCCGGGGGAUCCUUCACGAAGUUUUCUGAUGUCCCCAAUCCUGGAAAUACAUGCUCCAUUCUUAUGCGGGCCUCUAAUAAAUUAGUUCUCGAAGAGGCUGAGCGGAGUCUCCAUGAUGCCCUCUGCGUGAUUCGUUGCUUAGUAAAAGAAAACGCGCUAAUUGCUGGUGGCGGCGCCCCUGAAAUUCAGAUUUCGGUUGAGUUGCGCGAUAAGGCGCAGUCGAUGAUUGGCAUGGACGGGUACUGUUUUCAAGCAUUUGCAGAGGCGAUGGAGAUCAUCCCACUUACUUUGGCUGAGAAUGCAGGGCUCAAUCCCAUCUCUGUGGUAACUGAGCUGCGGAAUCGGCAUCACAAGGGAGAGAUUAACGCAGGCAUCAACGUGAAAAAGGGAACGGUGAAGAACAUAACUGAGGAUAACGUCUUGCAACCGCUGUUGGUAUCCACGUGCGCUGUUAACCUCGCCGCUGAGACCGUUUGCAGCAUCCUGAAGAUCGACGACGUGUUGUUCACCCGUUAACCACACUUUAGGGAAUGCUUGCAAUUCUUGAAAUAUUUCGCGUAACUAUUAAAAUAAAUUUUUUUUAUUUUUUU